UGUUCGAACGUCUCAGCUCGUCGUAACUAGCCAGUAGGUUCGUGUCUUGUCGCGCAGAGCAAUCCCAUUCGCGUUGUCGCGCGGGCCCUCGCGUGUCCCUUCCUCGUCCCCGGACGGACGGACUAACGGCUAUAAGCGCAAUUGGAGAAAUCUCUCGGUAGGCGGCAAGCGAUGUGGAUUUUGGCUUGCUUCGUUCGGCCAUUUCCGCUCCACCGCUGCUGUCAAGAUUUGACAAUUUGGAUCAGUCUCUAAGGACAAAUCAAAUCAAGCUAUUUCGGCGUAUUUUAAAAUUAUAAUCGAAUCAACCGAUCACAAUGAAGCCACGUCGCACGGGUCGUGGUUACGAGGAGAUGGAGGGAACGAACCUUCCGACAGCGGCCACGGGUUACGGAGGAACCCGAAAUGGCGGAGUAUCACCAACUGACACCGGAAAUGCAGUCAACAGCAACGGAGCUUCCGGAGGGGUUGGUGUUGGUUCAGAUGCCGUAGUCGCACCACCCGAGUUCGAGCUGGCCUCGGUCAGCGUCGUCCCGGAUGAUACCUUUACCGUUACCCAGGCCGUCAAUGCCCUUGGGUUUGGGUGGUUCCAGGUAAAACUUUCGCUAUGUGUGGGACUCUGCUGGAUGGCCGAUUCUAUGGAGAUGACCAUCCUGAGCGUUCUAGGGCCAGCGCUCCAGUGCGACUGGGGCAUCACCCGGUAUCAGCAGGCCCUGGUUACGACCGUGGUGUUCCUGGGUAUGAUGCUUAGUUCGACCUUCUGGGGACACCUCAGCGAUCGGUACGGUCGAAAACCGGCACUGACGUUGUGUGGAGUUCUAUUGUUCCUGUAUGGACUGCUAAGUUCUGUUGCUCCUAGUUUUGGAUGGCUUCUUCUGUUACGAGGCUUGGUAGGAUUUGCCAUAGGCUGCGUUCCACAAUCAGUCACCCUGUACGCUGAAUUCCUACCGACAAAACAACGGGCCAAAUGUGUGGUUCUAUUGGAUUGUUUCUGGGCUCUCGGAGCAUGUUUCGAGGUGGCUUUAGCUUUGGCCGUUGGUCCCAACCUGGGCUGGCGAUGGCUUCUGGGUCUGUCGGCGGCCCCACUAUUUGCCUUUGCCGUCAUUACUCCGUGGCUACCCGAAUCGGCACGAUUCCACGUGACCAGCGGUCAAAAUGAUAAGGCGUUGAGCACACUUGAACAGAUUGCCAAAGAUAACAAGAGGCCAAUGCUACUAGGUCGACUGGUGGUGGAAGGCCCAACCGGAUCCAGAGGAAGUUUCAAAGCUCUGCUAGGGAGUUCUCUGCGUCGAACCACGUUGCUUCUGUGGUUCAUCUGGAUGUCAUGCGCGUUCUGUUAUUACGGACUAGUUCUGAUGUCCACUGAGUUGUUCGGAGGAAGAAAUAAAACCAUAGGGCCAGAUAUGGACACCGAUUGUCACCCUCUGGCAACGACUGAUUAUAUGGAUCUACUAUGGACGACGCUAGCCGAAUUUCCUGGUAUUUUCGCAACCAUUUAUGUUAUCGAGAAGUUUGGCCGUAAGAAGACGAUGGCACUGCAGUUUUUGUUCUACGCCGGGUGCGUCCUGAUGAUCACGAUGACUGAAGUUCGUGUUGUUCUGACGAUAAUCCUGUUCAUGGCACGUGGCGUCAUUGCAGGCCUGUUCCAAGCAGCUUACGUUUACACUCCCGAAGUAUACCCAACGGCCCUGCGAUCGGUGGGAGUUGGGGGGUGCUCGGCACUAGCACGAUUAGGUGCCAUGGCUACACCCUACAUAGCGCAGGUCUUGUUUCAAACUUCCAUCUGGAGUGCCGUAUCGGUGUAUGGGUUCUUUGCCGUUUGUGCCAGCGUAGCCUGCAUUAUGCUUCCCUACGAGACGCGCGGAACCGAUAUGGCACACUAAUCGUAAACUGCUUCCGCGCUAAUCUGGCUUAAAGUUUCAAACAAAGACAUUACUUUAUAUACCUCUUCUUACGCGACAACAUUCACUCAUGCUGUUCUAUUAAUUUUACAACUUGUUAAGCACUUUGUAAGUCUUUAUUCUUAUUGACUACUCAUAGGAUCUAAAAUUAAACUUAUUGUUCAAAAUGAACAACCCGAUGAUUUGUUUUUGUGUGUACAUAAAUAUUUACAGAAACUAUUUAUAUUUAUACUCGAGCAACAGUUGCUUACACUAUUUAAAUUGUAGCCCCCAAAUAAAAAAGUAAUAGGUGUUUUA